GCUGUGUGAGAGACAGGGAGAGAAAGAGAGCAGGGGAGAAGGACAGGGAAGAAGACCUAUCUUCUCCACGGCUACUGUAGAAUGUCUCAACGCCUCUCUCCACCUAUAGUGUAGAAUGUCUCAACGCCUCUGAUCACGCCAUACAGAAUCAAGGCAUCCUGAUCAUCUCGGAUGUGUCGGAUUUAAUAAAGAGAGAACACAUUGCUAGACUAUUGACAAUUUGAUUUUGUCACUGGAGGUUAUUUUCCAUUCUUCUUCUUUUCUUGAAGUCGUUUAUUCUGGAACAGCAAGUACGUGGGGUACUGCGCCUGGACUGCUUUGACGACUGUCUUCCAGCUGUGGAGAGAAGCUUGACUCGGGACUAUUUCCCUGAGCCCCGUUGGAUUUAGGAGAAGCGCGACUUAAAACCGAAAAUACAACAGUUUUUUUGACCAAAAAGUGGAGUUAUUGUGUACUUGUGAGAAGAUCACCAGGCCUGUGGCAAUGUGUCGGGGGCGGCUGGUGAGGCUGGCGGUGGGUCUGGUGGCGGUCCUUUCGCUGUGGACGGAGCCUGGCGGGGCUGAGGCUGAGCAGGCUGGGGGAACCGGAGGAGAAGCUAGACUUACCGAAGGCGAGCUGGUGUCUUUGCCGUUAUUAACUGUAGACAGCGAGCCGGCCAGGCAGACUCCGUCCCAACCCAGAGCCAGCCGGGCCAAGCGGAGGGGAGGAGGGACAGACGUCCUCAAAGGGCCCAAUGUGUGUGGCUCUCGUUUCAACUCCUACUGCUGUCCAGGAUGGAAGACUCUGACUGGGGGCAACCAGUGCAUCGUCCCUAUCUGUCGGAGCUCGUGUGGAGACGGGUUCUGCUCCAGACCCAACAUGUGUACCUGUCCUACCGGAUCCAUCUCUCCUUCUUGUGGAUCCAUGUCAGUCCAAAACUGUAACAUCCGCUGUAUGAACGGUGGGAGCUGUGCUGAUGACCACUGCCAGUGUCAGAAAGGAUACGUGGGAAACCACUGUGGUCAACCGGUGUGUGAGACAGGUUGUCAGAAUGGAGGACGGUGUGUGGCUCCUAACCGCUGUGUUUGUACCUACGGCUUCACGGGGGCACAGUGUGAGAGAGACUACCGUACAGGGCCGUGCUUUGCAUCUGUGAGUAACCAGAUGUGCCAGGGCCAGCUGACGGGCAUCGUGUGUACCAAGACGCUGUGCUGUGCCACUGUGGGGAGGGCGUGGGGACACCCCUGUGAGAUGUGCCCCGCCCAGCCUCACCCCUGCAGGAGAGGAUUUAUACCCAACCACCGUACUGGAGCUUGUCAAGAUGUGGAUGAGUGCCAGGCCAUCCCAGGUCUGUGUCAGGGUGGGAACUGUAUCAACACUGUGGGAUCCUUCCAGUGUAAAUGUCCUGCUGGACACAAGUUCAAUGAGAUCACACAGAAAUGUGAAGAUCUAGAUGAGUGUUCUAGCAUCCCAGGUCUGUGUAGUGGAGGAGAGUGUUCCAACACGGUGGGCAGUUACUUCUGCAGGUGUUCUCAGGGCUACUACACUCCAGUGGAUGGCUCCAGGUGUAUAGAUGCCCGGGGUGGGUACUGCUAUGCCAGCCUGCUGAACGGGCGUUGUGCCAACCAGAACUCCCAGCUCCUGACCAAGAUACAGUGCUGCUGUGACAGUGGGCGCUGCUGGUCAGACGGGUCCAGUCCUGAGUUGUGCCCCAUGACAGGGACUGAUGAGUACCAGAAGCUGUGCACACAGGUGCAGACCAGUCCAGGGGGGGGGGCUCUCCCAGGCGGGGGAGGGACUCUCCCAGGUGGAGGAGGGCCUCUCCCAGGCGGGGGAGGGGGAAGACCAGGAGUUCCCCAGGUCCCAGGUAUCUACCCAAGACCACCCUACCCAGGACCACCAAUCCCUUUCCAGCCUCCGCCUGGACCAGGUCCAUACCCUGGACCCAUCAUCCAGACCCAGAACAUCAGUACCGGCACUACUAACAUGUGUGCGGUAUACAGGAACCUGUGUCUGAAUGGCCGCUGUGUCCCCUCCCCUGGAAGCUACCGCUGUGACUGUAACAUGGGCUUCAGACUAGACUCACGAGGAGAGUGUAUCGAUGAUGAUGAGUGUGCGCGGAACCCGUGUGUGAACGGAGAGUGUGUGAACACGGCUGGAUCCUACUUCUGCCAGUGUCCUGCUGGCUUCCAGUCUACUGCUACCAGGACUGAGUGCAGAGACCUGGAUGAGUGUGUGGCAAACGGUCGUAUCUGUAACAACGGAAGGUGUGUGAACACUGAGGGGAGCUUCCACUGUGUCUGUAACGCCGGCUUUGAGAUCUCUACUAACGGGAAGAACUGUCAAGACAUGGAUGAGUGUCUGAUCAGGAACAUGUGUUUGAAUGGGAUGUGCAUCAACGACGAGGGAAGCUUUAAAUGUAUUUGUAAACAUGGCUAUCUGCUCGACCCAACCGGGCGCUUUUGUGUCGACAUUGAUGAGUGUGAGACUCCAGGGAUCUGUAUGAACGGCCACUGUGUGAAUACGGAGGGGUCCUUCAGGUGUGAGUGUAUGGCUGGUCUGGCUGUGGGUCUGGAUGGCCGCGUCUGUGUCGACACACAUAUGCGCAGCACUUGUUAUGGAGGAUACAAGCGGGGACAGUGUGUGAAGCCAUUCUUCGGAGCCGUGACCAAGUCAGAAUGCUGCUGUGCCAGUGUGGAGUACGCCUUUGGAGAGUCCUGCCAACCAUGCCCACCCCAAAACUCAGCUGAGUUCCUGGCCCUGUGUAGUAACGGCCCCGGCACCACCAGCGAUGGCAGAGAUAUCAAUGAGUGUGCUCUGGACCCAGACAUCUGUCAGAACGGUGUGUGUGAGAACAUGCUGAGGACCUAUAAGUGUAACUGUAACAUGGGCUUUGAGGUGGACACCACUGGAAAACACUGUGUUGACAUAGAUGAGUGUGCAGUGAACAGGUUACUGUGUGACAACGGCCUGUGCAGGAACACUCCAGGUAGUUUCACCUGCCACUGUCCCACCGGCUUCCUGUUCCACGCUGAGACGGAUGUCUGUGAAGACAUUGAUGAGUGUGAGUCGAAGCCGUGUGUGAACGGGGACUGUAAGAACAGCCCGGGGUCCUACGUGUGUCUCUGCUCAGCAGGCAGCACGCUGGACGCCUCUGGAACACAGUGUAUAGAGACCAGUAAAGGCACAUGUUGGCUGAAGGUGAUUAAUGGACGCUGUGAGAUCAACAUCAACGGAGCCACUCUAAAAUCUCACUGCUGCUCCACACUGGGAGAGGCCUGGGGAAGUCCCUGUGCCAAGUGUGAACCAGAUCAUUUCUGCACUAAGGGUUAUGCUAGAGUCAGAGGGACCAUCUGUGAAGAUGUUAAUGAGUGUGAGGUGUUUCCGGGGGUGUGUAUCAAUGGGAAGUGUGUGAACACCGUGGGUUCCUUCAUCUGCCAGUGUCCCUCUGGGAUGACCGUCGACGCCACCGGACGAACAUGUAUAGACCUGCGUACAGAGCAGUGUUAUCUGAGCCACGAGGAUGAGCGUUGUGGAGCCCCUAUCCAGGGUCGUCACCGUGUGGACGCGUGCUGCUGCUCGGUGGGUGUGGCCUGGGGCCCGGAAUGUGACGAGUGUCCGGAGAAAGGCUCUCAGGAGUACAGCCAGCUCUGUCCCAGGGGACCCGGCUUUGCAAACAGAGGAGACUUCAUUAAUGGACGGCCCUUCCUCAAAGAUAUAAACGAGUGUAAGAUGAUCCACAGCUUGUGCUCCAAUGGGAAGUGUAGGAACACCAUCGGUAGUUUCCGUUGUCGCUGUGACAACGGCUUCUCUCUGGACUCUGAUGAGAGGAACUGUACAGACAUCGACGAAUGCCGUAUCUCUCCAGACCUGUGUGGUCAGGGCACGUGUGUGAACACAGGUGGGGACUUCGAGUGCGAAUGUUUUGAAGGUUACGAGAGCGGCUUCAUGAUGAUGAAAAACUGCAUGGACAUUGAUGAGUGUGAGCGGAACCCUCUGCUGUGUCGCGGUGGUGAGUGUGUGAACAACGAGGGCAGCUUCCAGUGUUUGUGUCCCGACGGACACGAGAUUGCCCCCGACGGAUCCGCCUGUCUCGAUAUUAACGAGUGUGAACUGAGUGAGAAGCUGUGUCGGAACGGUCAGUGUGUGAAUAUGAUUGGACGAUACCAGUGUUCCUGUGAUACUGGAUAUAAAUCCACGGAGGACAGACUGGCCUGUGUCGACAUUGAUGAGUGUACGAUCCAGAAUGGAGGUUGUGAGACAUUCUGUACCAACUCAGAGGGGAGCUAUGAGUGCAGCUGUCGUUCUGGAUACGCCCUGAUGCCAGACCUCAGGACCUGCACUGACAUUGAUGAGUGUGAGGACAGUCCAGACAUCUGUGACGGAGGCCAGUGUACCAACAUCCCAGGAGAGUACCAGUGUCUCUGCUUCGAUGGAUUCAUGUCUUCUGAAGAUAUGAAGACCUGUCUGGAUGUGGAUGAGUGUGAGCUGAACCCUAACAUCUGUCUGAGUGGGAAUUGUGAGAACAGCAAGGGAUCCUUCAUCUGCCAUUGUGACAAGGGCUACUCCGUACGCAAGGGAACUACCGGCUGCACAGAUAUUAAUGAGUGUGAGAUUGGGGCCCAUAAUUGUGACAGACAUGCCUCAUGUACCAACACGGCUGGCAGCUUCAAGUGUAGCUGUGCUCCGGGAUGGAUUGGAGACGGGAUCAAAUGCACAGACCUGGAUGAGUGUUCCAACGGGACCCACAUGUGCAGCAACAACGCAGACUGUCUGAACACCAUGGGAUCAUACCGCUGCCACUGCAAGGACGGAUUCUCUGGGGACGGAUUCUACUGCUCAGACAGCGAUGAGUGUGCAGAUAACGUGAACCUGUGUGAGAGCGGUAACUGCCUGAAUGUUCCUGGAGGCUACCGUUGUGAGUGUGACAUGGGUUUCAUCCCAACCCCGGAUGGAAAGGCCUGCGAGGACAUAGACGAGUGUACCUUUGCCGAUAUCUGUGUGAAUGGGAGGUGUCAGAACAUUCCGGGGCUGUUCAGGUGUCAGUGUAGCAUCGGCUACGAGCUGGACAGGAGCGGAGGCAACUGCACUGACAUUAAUGAGUGUGCUGACCCGACCACCUGUAUCAGUGGACUGUGUGUCAACACCCCAGGUAGCUACAUCUGUAACUGUCCUCAAGACUUCGAACUCAACCCCACCCGCGUGGGCUGUGUAGACACUCGUUCUGGUGACUGCUAUCUGGACGUGCGGAUGCGGGGGGAUGCGUCUGAGAGUUUGGUCUGUUCCAAUGAGAUAGGUGUGGCGGUGUCCAAAGCCUCCUGCUGCUGUUCUCUAGGGCAGGCCUGGGGAACACCCUGCGAAUCCUGCCCCCCUCUCAACUCCUCGGAGUACAAGACGUUGUGUCCAGGAGGAGAGGGAUUCAGACCUAACCCCAUCACUGUUAUACUGGAAGACAUCAAUGAGUGCCAGGAGCUGCCAGGCCUGUGUCAAGGAGGAAACUGCAUCAACACCUUUGGUAGCUUCCAGUGUGAAUGUCCAAAAGGCUUCCAACUCAACGAGGAGAACAGAGUCUGUGAAGAUAUUGAUGAGUGUUCUCUCUGUGUUGUAGAUAUUGAUGAGUGUUCUCUCUGUGUUGUAGAUAUUGAUGAGUUCUAUCUCUGUGUUCUAGAUAUUGAUGAGUUCUAUCUCUGUGUUCUAGAUAUUGAUGAGUUCUAUCUCUGUGUUCUAGAUAUUAAUGAGUUCUAUCUCUGUGUUCUAGAUAUUGAUGAGUUCUAUCUCUGUGUUCUAGAUAUUGAUGAGUUCUAUCUCUGUGUUCUAGAUAUUGAUGAGUGUUCUCAGACCCCAGACAUCUGUCUGUUUGGGACCUGCUCCAACACUGAGGGCAGCUUCACCUGUGUGUGUCCUGCCGGCUUUCAGCUGUCCUCCUCAGGACGCAGAUGCGUGGAUGUCCGUGUGAACUACUGUUAUACUAAGUUUGAGAGUGGUCGCUGCCUGGCCCCUAAGCCUCUGAACACCACUAAAGGGGACUGCUGCUGUAGUGCCAUGCCUGGUCAGGGCUGGGGAGACCCCUGUGAGAUCUGCCCAGGCAAGAAUGAGGAGGCGUUUACAUCUCUCUGCCAUGCGGUUGGACAGGUGUUUGGCCCUGAUGACCAGCCCAUAGACAUUGAUGAGUGCACCGCCAACCCCAACAUCUGCAACAACGGUCAGUGUAUCAACACGGACGGGUCGUUCCGAUGUGAGUGUCCCUUUGGCUUCCGACUCGACACCUCAGGGAUCAACUGUGAAGAUACUAAUGAGUGUGACCUGGGGAACCCGUGUGGAAAUGGAACGUGCACUAACGUGAUUGGAGCGUUUGAGUGUGCAUGUGACGAAGGCUUCGAACCCGGACCCAUGAUGUCUUGUGAAGAUGUGAAUGAGUGUUCCCAGAAUCUUUUGCUGUGUGCGUUCCGCUGCGUGAACGUGAUUGGUUCCUACGAGUGUAAAUGUCCAACAGGCUACGUGCUGCGAGAGGACAAGAGGAUGUGCAGAGACCAGAAUGAGUGUGAGGAUGGGCUGGAUGACUGUGAGAGCAGAGGGAUGCGCUGUAAGAACCUCAUCGGGACCUACAUGUGUAUCUGUAACCCUGGUUACACACGGACCCCUAACGGAGAGGGCUGCAUAGAUCUGAACGAAUGCUCUGCUAAGCCAGGUAUCUGUGAGAACGGUCGUUGUGAGAACACGGUUGGAAGCUAUCGCUGCAGGUGUGACCAAGGCUUCAGCGCCAACCCUACACAGACUGAAUGUAUAGAUAACCGCCAGGGACUGUGUUUCACGGAGGUGUUGACUACACUGUGCCAGAUGCAGUCCAGUAGCAGGAACAGUGUGACUAAGUCUGAGUGUUGCUGUGACGGAGGACGAGGCUGGGGCUCUAACUGUGAGCUGUGUCCUCUUCCUGGGACCACACACUACAAGAAGAUGUGUCCACUGGGGCCCGGAUACACAACAGACGGCAAAGACAUAGAUGAGUGUCGUGUGAUGGGGAACCUGUGUGUGAACGGACAGUGUGUCAACAGCCUGGGCUCCUACAGCUGUGUGUGUAAAACUGGGUACACCACAGACAUCACUGGCACCCUGUGUGUGGAUAUGGAUGAGUGUGUGCAGGCUCCUAAGCCGUGUAACUUCCUCUGUAAGAACACAGAGGGAAGCUACCUCUGUUCCUGUCCCAGAGGAUACAUCCUGCAGGAGGACGGCAAGAGCUGCCGAGAUCUGGAUGAGUGUCAGAGCAAACAGCACAACUGUCAGUUCCUGUGUGUGAACACCAUCGGAGGAUUCACCUGCAAAUGUCCUCCAGGCUUCACCCAGCACCAUACUGCCUGCAUAGAUAAUAAUGAAUGUGGGUCGGACCCUGCUCUGUGUGGCUCUAAUGGUGUGUGUCAGAACAGCCCAGGCAGCUUCAACUGCGAGUGUACUAGAGGAUUCUCAAUGGACCCCAAUGGACAGAGCUGUGAAGAUAUGGAUGAGUGUGAUGGUAACCACCGUUGUCAACAUGGCUGUCAGAACCUGGUGGGAGGGUACCGGUGUAGCUGUCCUCAGGGAUACCUACAACACUAUCAAUGGAACCAGUGUGUCGAUGAGAACGAGUGCCAGAACACUCAGAUCUGUGGGGGAGCAUCGUGCCAUAACACCCUGGGGAGCUUCCGUUGCCUCUGUCCCACUGGGUUCAACUACGGAGACCAGGGGGGGUGCAGUGACAUCAACGAGUGCUCCUCCUCCUCUAAUCCAUGUAACUACGGCUGUUCCAACACAGACGGAGGGUAUCUCUGUGGCUGUCCACCUGGAUACUACCGCGCUGGACAGGGGCACUGUGUGUCAGGCGUGGGCUUUGGUAGUGGUGUGAGUCUGGGCCAGGGAGGAGGAGGAGGAGGAGGAGGAGGAGGAGGGACAGCAGAGGUGGGUGACAACGAUCUGUCUCCUGAGGCCUGCUACGAGUGUAAGAUCAACGGUUACCCCAAGAAGGGGCGCAAACGCCGCGACACCAACUCAACGCUGGAGCAACCUCUGGACAAUGCACAGCAUCAGGAGACAGUGAGUCUGGAGAGUGUGGACAUUGAGGACACCCUGCUGUUCAACCUGAACAUGUCCGGCCUGUCCAGCCGAGACCACAUCCUGGAGUUCACCCCGGCCCUGUCCACACUCAACAACCACGUGCGCUACUCCAUCGACUACGGCAACGAACUGGGCUACUUCAAGAUCAGCCAGAGGGAGGGGCUUAGCUACCUGCACCUGUCCAAGAGGAAGUCCCUCCCCCCUGGAGCCUACUUCCUGCAGAUCAGUAGCGUGGCCGUGUACAGGAAGAAGGAGCUGGCAGCGCUGGAGGACAGCAACGAUAAAGACUACCUCACAGGCCAGCUGGGAGACACACUCACCAUGAGGGUGCAGAUAGUCCUGCAUUAACCUACACUACAGGACUGACUGGGGUGGCUGGUCUGGGCUGGGUGGGGAGUGUCUGCCUGUAAACACUGGUCUAGGAACAGAUUAAUUUACCCUUGAUCCAUAUCUCAACCAUUAGGAUGGGGAGAGAAGAUCUGACCCUGGGUCAGUGGUUAUGGGCAACUUCUACCUACUCUGAGAGAGAGCUUGGGACAAUCUCAACGCCAAAGAGACUAAUGGGUGGGUGGGGGGAGGGGGGAUUGCGUUGUUUGAUUCCCAAAGAUGAUUCUACAUAUCAUAGAUACAACCUUUAGUGCUACAGUGUAGGCCUAACCCACUGGCUACAGUAUGGCUGUCUGAAGAAAGGCUUAGAGAAUGAGAAUGACAUGGAGGGAAGACAUGACAAUGACACAACAAUAACCACUCUAAACUGCUCUGUGCAGGAAGCUCUGGUUUGAAUGUUUUUUAGUUUUUUUAAUGAAAAGGUUUAUAUGAAAUAGGUUUUGUAUGAUGAUAUGUGGAAUCUGCCACUCUUUUGUGGGACAUGUAAGGCAAAUGCCAUAUCCACCCAUAGCCCCUACCCCCAAGACCAUGAGGGUAGCUAGGGAGUAUGGGGUAGGAGGUAGGGGCUAGCGGUGGAUUUGGACUGAGUAGCAGAGUGCAGAAGUCACUGAUGCUGAGUGUUCACAGCUUGGCAGAGGUGGAAGUGAAAGGCAGUGUUCAGAUUCUCCACCCUUCUCCCUGAAGUGUGCACUUGCUCACUCCCCCUUCAUGGUUCACAAAGCAUUGGCUGCUAAGGAGAGUUUCCACCAUAUUAGGUAAACCAGUCCAUUCCUUUCAAAUCCCUGAGGGGAGAAGGGUAGGGAAUCGAACCGUAGCUAAAGUCUUUAGCUAGAAGGACCCCUCUUCCCCAUCAUAACUAUGCUUCUUCACCUUCCCCACUGACUAGACUUCAGCAUUACACAUAUUUACUGGUGCUAGUAACAAAUCCACAUAGACUUAUGAAUGCACUGUAAUACUCAACACACAGUAGCUGUCUGUCUACUGUCCUUUUAAUAAGAUGUCAGACGUCUUCUUUUCAACCAAAACCAAAGUAACAGCCUGUCUGCUCUCUAUACCACAUGUAAAUGAAGUGUGUUUAUACUGUAAUCAAUGCCAUGUUUAGAAUGUUAAUCUAUGAAGCCUUUUGUAAACUAGAGAACGCCCCUGGGAGGAGGGGGUGUAAUGGUGCUUAUAAUGACCUACUACUUCCUUUGAUAAACUGUAUACACACUCGCAAACACACAACACAAAUACACACACACGCCCUCAAACACACUCAAAACAUACACCGUUCUGAUGAUGCCAAACCUGUGCCUUCAUGAUUAUGCACUGAGGUCGACGCGGCCACACACUUUUCGCUCGUACAAUCAGUGCUCCGUAGCGAAGUCAAUCAGACCAGCCGCAGACUCAUCCGUCUGUCGCUCUGUCACAUCAGUGCUCCGUAGCGAAGUCAAUCAGACCAGCCGCAGACUCAUCCGUCUGUCGCUCUGUCACAUCAGUGCUCCAUAGCGAAGUCAAUCAGACCAGCCGCAGACUCAUCCGUCUGUCGCUCUGUCACAUCAGUGCUCCGUAGCGAAGUCAAUCAGACCAGCCGCAGACUCAUCCGUCUGUCGCUCUGUCACAUCAGUGCUCCGUAGCGAAGUCAAUCAGACCAGCCGCAGACUCAUCCGUCUGUCGCUCUGUCACAUCAGUGAGGGUUUAGUUGUAAAGUCACAAUAAAAACGUGUUUUUUUGUUUAAAAGG